AUGAUGAUGUCUCCCCUGCAGAUUGCAGAGUGUAGUGGCUGUGUUGUCACCACCUCUCAGACACAGACAUCCCAUGCUGGUGCAGAUCCCAGCCGUGUCCCCUCGGAUCUGUGUAGAGGAAGGAGUGAGCAGCAUGUCCCUAGAAGUGAAGGUGAUGGCUGGUGGAGCUGCAGCGGGGUGAUCUUAGACCGGAGUGCGGGGAUUGUCAUUUGUCAGGCAGACGUGUUUUUUCCUUUCCUAAAAGAACCUUUGUCUCCCUCUGAUCUCACCGUGCUUUCACCAGAUGACUUCCCACCAGAUCUAUGGAUUCGGGUGGAAUGCCCAUUGGAAGCCAAGAUAGACGCAGAACAGAGAUCCCGCAGUACCCCUCCGAGUCAGAGGUCAGGACUGGGCCUCGUCCCCGUGUCGAAGCCGCAGAGCCAGCGAAUUCAAACCGAUGCUGACCUCCUCAUGCUUGUCCCGUGCCCUGGCUUCCAAAUGGCGGUUUCCACAUUAUUCAGGAAAGAAGACGGCUGGGUGUUUUCCAACGAAGAGGAGAAGGAAGAUGGAGAAUUCCAGAAAGAACUGGCACACCUUCAUUGGUUUGCGGUGCUGAAGUUGCAGAGCCCGCUUCCCAAAGCCAAGAGCAGACUGGACAUCAUGAAAUCCUCUGGCCUACUAAAAGGCAGUACAGUGUUUGCAUGCGGCUCUCCCUUUGGCUCCUUCUACACCGACAUCUUUCUCAACACCGUUAGUAAAGGAGUCCUAAGCAACACUGCCGGGGAUGGGAAUGUUGUACUGCUUACUGAUGCCCGCUGUCUGCCAGGGUCAGAAGGAGGGGGCGUUUAUUUGUUGGAAAAUGGAACUUUGUAUUUGAUAGGAAUUAUAGUGGCACCGCUAUGCUGGAAGGCAAACGAAUGGGUAGGACUGACGCUGGCUUGUUCUAUUAGUCAGAUCAUUAAUGACAUUAUUAAGGCGGACAUUGCUGGAAAAAGGGAAUUGGCAGCAUUGGAGAUGGGCCAACGUAUUGUGGACAGACCCAAGAGAGGUGCAAGACCCUCAGAACACCUGAUGGCAGUUGCUGUUCUAGUGGAUUCAGGCCAAUCAUGGGGAUCUGGAGUUCUGCUAAAAUCCAAACUAGUGCUGACGUGCCGACAUGUGGUGAGACAUUCAUCCAAAGUCUCCGUCAAGGUCCACAAUGCUAACAUGACAAGUGGAAAUCACUAUGCUAUUCAAAGGUUUCAUCCUGUAAGAGGUAACGUGGUGUUUUCAACUCAUGAAUCCUCUCCCUAUGACAUUGCCAUCGUACAGUUGGAAGAAGACAUCUCUGGUAUACCUGAACCAGUUCUGGCAUCUAGCUACUAUGCAGGAGAGGAUGUCUGCAUUGUUGGAUUUGGGGCUCUGGGAGAACGCUGUGGCCCAUCUGUAACGUCGGGAGUCCUGUCAUCUGUUAUAUCUGUUGGUGAUGGCCCAGUCAUGUUACAGACAUCAUGUGCUGUUCAUGGAGGUUCCAGCGGAGGACCUUUGUUUGCUGCUCACUCUGGAGAACUGCUAGGGAUUGUUGCUAGUAACACAAAGGAUAACAAUACAGGGGCAACAUACCCUCAUUUAAACUUCAGUGUUCCUGUUACCAUUCUUCGAGCAGCACUAGACAGAUAUGUGGAAUUUGGGGAUUUGCGGAGCUUCGGAGAACUGAAUAAGGCUGGGCUUGCCGUGCGGGAUGUGUGGCGACUCCAGAGGUCUCCUGAAAAUGUUUUCCAGAGCAAGUUAUGA